AUGCCAACGACCACAAUACACGAAAACAUUGCCCUCCUCAAUAUGAUGUCCUCAGAUAAUUUAGAGGACGAUUUAAAAAGUGUUCAAUUACAUUAUCCAUCAGAGAGGCGAUUACAGAGCGACGGCGCAUGCGUGGAAGAGAGAGUGAGGACUUCCCGCGGAGACAUCCUGGUGGCGAUCCGAGGCGACCGUAACAAGCGUGCCAUAAUAACAUACCAUGACCUCGGUCUUAAUUAUGCAGCCAAUUUUCAGGCAUUUUUUAAUUUUGUAGACAUGCGAGCGAUUUUGGAUAAAUUCUGCAUUUACCACAUUAAUGCUCCGGGUCAAGAGGAGGGCGCGCCGACUUUGCCUGAAGAUUUCUCAUACCCAUCCAUGGACGCCUUGGCGUCUCAAAUUGAUUUUGUGCUUGGUCACUUUGGAAUUAGAUCCUUCAUAGGAUUCGGGGUAGGUGCGGGCGCUAAUAUUUUAGCCCGUUACGCUAUCGCUAGUCCGCAGAAAGUUGAUGCAUUAGUUCUAAUUAAUUGUACAUCCACACAAGCUGGUUGGACUGAAUGGCUUUACCAAAAAAUUAAUACCAGACAGUUAAGAUCUAGCGGAAUGACCCAAGGUGCCCUUGAUUAUCUAAUGUGGCACCAUUUCGGCCGUAGCACAGACGACCGUAAUCACGAUUUAGCCCACGUUUAUAAGGAGUGCUUUUCGCACGUAAAUCCAGUGAAUCUAUCAAUGUUCAUCGACUCGUACUUACGCCGAUCUGAUUUAGCAAUAGCUAGAGAUAACGAUACAAUUAAAGUUCCCGUGUUAAACGUCACUGGUGCACUCUCCCCUCACGUUGACGAUACAGUAACAUUUAACGGCCGUUUGGAACCCUCUAAGACUUCUUGGCUGAGUAUUUCGGACUGUGGGAUGGUAUUGGAGGAGCAGCCGAGUAAGAUUGCAGAAGCAUUCCGUCUCUUCCUCCAAGGCGAGGGAUACUGUAGG